CGCCCGUCGUCUGCAACACACCAUGGCUAAGCCAGUGACGCUCACCAUCCCCGCCACAGGCAAACAGAUCACCGUGCCGACGGGGCUGUUCAUCAACAACGAGUUUGUGCCCUCCGUCGACUCGACCGAGACCAUCCAGUGCAUUAAUCCGGCGACAGAAGAAGUGAUCUGCUCGGUAGUCGCAGGGUCCGAGCGGGACAUCGACGUCGCGGUCGCCGCAGCUCGCAAGGCGUUCAAGACCACUUGGGGCAAGAACGUGACGGGUUUUGAGCGGUCCCGACUGAUCAACAAGUUGGCCGAUCUCAUCGAGCGCGACGCGCAGGAGCUUGCGGAGCUCGAGACCCUCAACAACGGCAAGCCAGUCAAGAUCGCUCGCGACUUCGACAUCGGCGACAGUGUCCAGUGCCUCCGCUACUAUGCUGGCUGGGCGGACAAGAUCCUCGGACAGGCUAUUGAGGUGGACAACAAGACCAAGCUCGCGUUCACCAGACACGAUCCCAUCGGCGUCUGUGGUCAGAUCAUUCCAUGGAACUACCCCAUCAACAUGUGGUCAUGGAAGGUCGCACCGGCUCUUGCCUGUGGUUGUACCAUCGUCAUGAAGCCCUCAGAGAUCACCCCUUUGACCGCUUUGAAACUCUCUGAGCUCAUCGUCGAGGCCGGGUUCCCUCCUGGCGUCGUCAACACCGUUCCAUCUCUUGGCUCCGUCGGCGGCGCCGCGCUCUCGAGCCACAAGGAUGUCGACAAGGUCGCGUUCACCGGGAGCACUGUGACCGGGCGGAAGAUCAUGGAGGCUGCCGCCAAGAGCAACCUCAAGAAGGUCAGCUUGGAAUUGGGUGGCAAGUCGCCACAGAUCGUCUUCGAGUCUGCUGACUUGGACCAAGCUGCGAACUGGGUCGCGCUCGGUAUCCUUUACAACACGGGCCAGGAUUGCACCGCGGGCUCCCGGCUCUUUGUGCAGGACACUAUCUACGAGAGAUUCAUCGAGAUUGUGGUGCAGAAGUUCAAGCAGUUGAAGAUCGGCAACGGCUUCGACGAGUCCAGCGGUGGUGGUCCUGUGGUGUCGAAGAUGCAGUAUGACAAGAUUUUCUCGUACAUAGAAUCCGGCAAGCAGGCCGGCGCGAGAUGCGUCUUAGGAGGAGAAAAACGCCCUGGGAAGGGUUACUUCGUGGAUCCUACUGUCUUUGUCGACGUAAAGCCGGAUAUGAAAAUCGUUAGGGACGAGAUCUUCGGGCCCGUGCUGGCCGUAGCGCGGUUUGCUACCGAGGAGGAAGCUGUCGAGCUCGCCAAUGACACCAGCUACGGCCUUGGAGCCGGCUUGCAUUCCAACGAUGCGAGCCAAUGUAUGCGCGUUUCUCAGGCGCUGGAAGCGGGGACGGUAUGGGUGAAUCAGUAUAACCUCCUCAACAAUAAUGUCCCGUUCGGUGGUAAGAAGCAGAGCGGAAUCGGUCGCGAGCUCGGAAGUUACGCCCUCGAAGAGUAUACCUCUGUAAAGGCAAUUCACUGGAACUACGGCGAGAAGCUCGACUGGCCGUUGUGAAGUGUUUUGACGUAUCGUUUGGGAUAUGGACGCCGUAAGAAAGACGUGUACGAAUAUCGUGUUCCUCGCGCCCGUGUGGUUGCUUAGCGGCCGGGUGCCAAUCGGAUUUUGCGUUCUUGAC